UUUCCUCCCCCCAAACUGUCCACAUACAGAACCUGCUGCCGCUUCCAGCUACUGUCAUCCUUUACCACAGAUCCCUGCAUUGAUUGAUAUAGCUCGUAAUGUGGUGCAGUAGAACAGCGCUCGGGAGACUGCGGAGGAUCGCCCCGUGUACCGUCACCGGAUUUCAUCGCGCAAUGUCCACGUUACCGAAGGUGUAUGUGACGCGCAAGGUGCCGCCGGACGGACUGGACAUCCUCCGCGAAUCCGGACAGGUGCAGGGUGGCUGGGGAACAUGGAGAACUUUAUGGCUAUGUGGUCAUGAACUUGCAAACAGCACAGUUGGCAUCUUGGGACUUGGGAGGAUUGGUGUGGCUAUCGCCGAGCGUCUGAAGGCAUUUAAGGUGAAGAAAUUCAUCUACACAGAUAUGGAGCAGAGACCGGAGCUCGCAGAUAUGAUAGAGGCAGAAUAUGUCUCUUUUGAUGAGAUGGCCAAGCAGUCUGAUUUCCUGGCUGUAUGCUGUGCUCUGACUCCAGAGACUCAUGGAAUCUGCAAUUGGAAUCUCUUCUCCAAGAUGAAGAAAAACGCCAUCUUCAUCAACACAAGCAGAGGUGGAGUGGUUAAUCAGGAGGAUCUGUAUGAAGCCCUGUCUACCGGUCUGAUCGCUGGAGCCGGGCUGGAUGUCACCACACCUGAACCACUGCCCACACACCAUCCUCUUUUCACACUCAAAAACUGCGUGAUUCUUCCCCACAUUGCCAGUGCUUCAUAUACGACACGGAACGCCAUGUCUGCUCUUGCUGCCAACAACCUGCUGGCUGGACUCAGGGGAGAACCCAUGCCUAAAGAACUUAAACUGUAAAACUAGACAGUUAAGUAAUAGUUCAUACGAAAAUGAAAAAUCUACUUUCGGACACAAAGAGAUAAUUGCUGAAAAAUCUUCACGUAGGUAUUUUUCAUAGGAGUACAGUUCAUAGUGACCCCAAAUGACCAAAGAAAGAGACAAAUUAACUAUUUACAUGUUAUAACCAAUAACCAAUAAAUGGCCAAUCUGUAUAAUUAUCUAAAAGAAUUAACAAAAUAAACUAUAAAAUAUUAAAUAAUUUUCAACGCAACAAGUUAAGUUUUGG